GGUGACAAGCUCCUCGAGCAGCAAAACGCUUCCUUUGUCUGUUAGGCGCUGCUCCGUACUUCAGUCUUUCAACACAACUACCACGUAACCCCCUCUCUGUUCUCGCUCAGCAAGCGCCAUGUCUAGCUACCCCAAAGACUCCACGGCGUGGCUGGCCAAGCUCGUCAGCUUCAACACCGUCAGCAGCAACUCCAACCUCCCCCUCCUCGACUACAUCAAGGGCUACCUCAAGACCUUCGGCAUCGAGUCGACGUACAUCUACAGUCCAGAGAAGACACACGCGAACCUCUUCGCCACGCUGCCGGGGAGCAACGGCGCUACGCAGGGCGGCAUCGUGAUGUCCGGCCACACGGACGUGGUGCCGGUGGAGGGGCAGAAGUGGGACUCCGACCCCUUCGUGGUGGUGGAGAAGGACGGCAAGCUGUACGGCCGCGGCACGUGCGACAUGAAAGGCUUCCUGGCGGUGUGCAUGACGCUGAUGCCGAAGUUCAUGAAGAUGAAGCGCGUCAAGCCGAUCCACUUCGCUUUCUCCUACAGUGAGGAGGUGGGUUGUGUGGGUGUUCAGGUGAUGACGAAUUGGCUGAAGGAGAAGGGCUUCAAGGCGGACUGCUGCCUCGUCGGAGAUGGCGGCUUUCACGUGGAACCGGUGAGCGGCAGCAAGGGUAUUGCAACCUGGAAGGUGGUGGUGCACGGCAAGGCGAUCCACUCCUCCAUGGCGCUGAUGAACACGAGCUGCAACGCCAUCGAGUACGCCGCACAGAUCGUCGCGAAGAUCCGUAAGAUUGCCGUGGACCUCCGCGAUAACGGCCCCCAGGAUCCACACUAUCCCUGUCCCUUCUGCUCCAUGUCUGUGGGCCUUAUCAAAGGCGGCAAUGCGGUGAACACGGUGCCGGCGGAGUGCGAGUUCACCUUCAGCGUUCGUUUGAUGGAGACGAGUGUGGCGAAGCGUGUGGAGACGGAGGUGCAGGAAUACAUCAACCGCGAGAUCCUGCCUGCGAUGCGCAAGGAGUAUGCGGAGGCCUCUGUGGACUUGAAGCCGGAGAGGAUAUCACCAGCGUUCGACUCACCAGAGGACUCUCCGUUCGUUCGUACUGUGAGAAGAAUUUUGAAGAACUACAAGGUACAGAAGCUUUCUGGUGGCACCGAAGGUGGCUUCUUCCAGGCGUUGGGCAUGCCGACCAUCAUCGUGGGUCCAGGCGGCUACCGCGGGCACAUGGCGAACGAGUACACGGAAGUUGCAUUUUUGAAGAAAAGCGAAGCCUUCACCGAGGAGAUUGUGCGGCGCAUGACAACCGGUGAGGGUAUCGUGGAGGUGGACGCGAGGCUGUAG